UUUCAAUUCGUGGAAGGGACUUUCCCUACGAAAUAGCAAGCUGUGGUUCUUGUUUUUCUAUAUAUUCUGAAACAUUACAGGCCCGGGCUGUAGCGGCUAACGUCUAUUGAAGUUGUCGACAUCGUAUUGACUUCGCAUUCUAUACAACUAUGGGAGGUGGUGGAAGUAAAGGCACUGAGACUCAGUACACUUAUGUCGACCACUCAAAAAAAAGACAAGAAGAGGAAAGACAAAGGGAGAAAAAUCGCCUUGAAAAUGAACGGAGAGCGAGAGAAAAUGCAGAGAGACAGAGAAUUGAACGAGAAGCGAGCCAGGCAGCAGAAAGAGAACGGCAGAAAUUCAUACAAGCAUUAGAACGACAGAGACGCGCAGAGGAAGAAGCAAGACUAAGAGAAGAGUUAAGAAAAGAAGAAGAGCGUCUAAUGUUAUUGGAGCUUCAAGCCAAGUCAAUGGCUAAACGACAAGACCUAUUUGAUUAUCAGUUUGGUUCCAAAAUCGAUUUGGCCAGCUUUCGUGGAUUGGACAUCAGUGACGUCGAUAAACUAAGAAUUGGUGUGUUUGGACCGACAGGAUCUGGAAAGAGCUGCUUCAUCAGCACUUGUGAAAGAGUCGUGCGUAAUGAAG